AUGGACCAUACCGAGCUCAUCAAAUACUUUAGGAUCCUGGGCCUACCGAACAAUGCAUCAUUAGAGGAGCUCGACGAGAGAUACUUUGAACUCAUAGAAUACUGGACUAUGAAAGGUGAAAAGAAAAGCGAGAAAGAAUCAAAGCUGGGAUUUCAUCUGAUCGACGAAGCUUACAAGGCGCUUCUGGCGAAAUUCAUAAAAGAGGGAGAAGAGAGACAAUACCAGACAGCGCGGGAAUACACUAUGAAGGACAUUUUGCAGGGCCAGGACCAGAUAACAAAGUCUUGCAUCGACAACGGUCCUAGGUGGUUUCCGCCACACAAAGAGAGGUCUCCCUCGCUUGAGUUUGAGGAUAUUUCCGACAGGGUCAAGGUUGGAGGUGCUCAUGAAGAGCAGGAGGAUUGCUUGGGAACCGCACCAGGCUUUGCCAUCUACAACGUCGUAGGCGAGCUCUGCCAUGCGCCGGACAGAGCGGUCAUCGUCCACGCUGUCAAUUGCCAGGGAGUUUGGGGAUAUGGAGUUGCGCUGUAUCUUGAAAGACUGGUAUGGACACAUGGUUCCCGCUUCCUCGCUGCCGCUGACACAGUCAAGUAUCCAGAAGCUUUCAAGAUCUACAAAGCUCACUGCGAGACGGCAAAUCGACCAUACGAUCUCAUUGGAACGUGCUUGCUUAUCCCUCCGCAGCCUUUGGACUACGAACAAGAGAUCAUGAUAAAGUUCAAGGGCACAGACAAAGUCCUUCCUUCAGGGCAAUCAGUGUUCAAACCGCGGCAUUGGAUCGCUUGCCUCUUCACGAGCAUCGGCUACGGCAAACCAAAUAUGAAAACCAACAACCCCGGCAAAGACCCUACGACCAAGAUUAUUCCCAAUACAAGAAUGGCGCUCGAACAUCUCAGAGUCCAGCUGGAGGAUUUUGGUCCCUCGAACCUCAACCCUAGGACCGCAUGGAAGACCGACAAGGACAAGCCGGGAGAAAUCUGUAGCCCGAAGUUCAAUAGCGGCGCAUUUGGAGUGGAUUGGGAAGACACUCGCACGCUGAUCAGUGAGGAGUUUAAGGGCUUCGAGCGGCCUUGGAUUGUCGUGGAGGAGUUGCACAACAGUGAACAUGGAUCUCCACCUGGUGAGGACCGUAACGCCGGGCUUGAGCAGGGAACCAAAAGGGAUCGUCAUGAGCCUCUUAGGGCCCCAUAG